AUGGAAAAUCUUGGGCAUAGAUUCUUGAUGAGUACAGAUGCUAACUAUUUUGGGAGGCUUAAAUCUUUGGCGCAUGACAAUGUGUAUAAGGAAGAAAGUGCAUCUUCCAUUGGUGGAACACAAAAGAAAAUGUGGGAGGAGAAAAACUCUUUUCCCAAUGCUGAAUUUCGAGUGAAAGCUGUGUCGAUUUUUGAUUUAUGUGGUUUGAAUAAGAAACAGUUUGCAUUAGCUUCGCGUUUUAUAAAGCAUGGGACCGUGAUGAACAAAUUGAUGAUCGAGACGUUUUCGGUUCCUCCAGUUGAGAAGUUUUAUAUUGAAGCGGCCGUUGCCAAACUGAUGGAACUUCCAAAGGGUAACGAGAACCUUAGUAUUGGAUACUUCUGAUGAAAUGUG